AUGCUCUCUACACGCUGGAGCCGAAUCAGGUCCUCAUCUUCUCCAUCUACAGGAUCGAGGAGAAGAAGUCCACCUCGUUUAUCGACGGGAGAGUCGGCCGGUUUUGAAGGGGCUCUGCCGCUCUACGACCAGAACAAGAGAAAAAUCCAGAUCUUGCUGGAUGUCAAGGUGACAGAUGUGACAGUGCCCAGGUCGGAGAAAGAACCGCUGAGCGAGGGCAGUGAGGCACCUGAGGUGGUCCCGGUUUCAAUCGAAGAUGAGGUGAUCGGGAUACAACCCGCCGCCGGCAACCUCCGAGACGAGGAUGUUUGGGAUGAACUGGAGAUACCGAAGGAGUUGGAGCGUCCCUUUGUCUUGAUGUCCCUGGAGUCGUGUGAAGCUCAUGAAGCUCCUUUGUCGGGAGCCCGAGCCGCAGGGCUCUUCGACGAGCAUGCGGAUCCCCUUGUCGCCGUAUCCGGCGACGUGGGGCAGAAGGAAGCUCCCUCAUCGGAGCUGGAGAUGAGUGCAAGCAGAGAGGCUCCGAGGCAUCAUGCCCCCCUGCAGAUGAUGCAAGGAGAAGCGGCCAUGGAGCUGCAGCCGGCCCCCCAAAAACCCCCAAAGCCGGAGCAGGCUCCCGACUUCUCCCCGCCCGAGACCGGGGAGCUGAUCCUAAGCGUGACUCCAAGGAAGGUCGCAUUGAUGCCGAGGCCUCCUAAGUCAGGCAGCCUUCGUCAGGAGCUGGUGCAGGCCAUCUCCGAUCCGGGGCUUCAGGAGUUCAUCAAGGCAUCGGAGAAGCGAUUCCGAUCGAGGAGCAUCGUGAUAAAUGCAAUGACCAAGUGUUUCAGCCACAUCCGUGGCCACACGCAUGAGCUCAUUCAUAGCUUUUACCUAGUAGAGAGUUUGGAGGGACAUGACAGCGUGCAGAAUCCAGACGCCUUGCCUCGGCUUCUCGCCCGGCAUGGCCUGGGGCUGCAGGGCUUGCACAGGCUGCACAGGUGGGUCCCUUGUUUGCUCGCAUUUCGGACGCUGCCGCGCUUGCAGGCCACGAGCCGACAGGCCAGAAGGACUGGCAAGAGUGCGAAGGCCAAAGGCUCGACGAUGAGUUCGAGCGCUGCAGUGAUGGUCCGGCACCCCGCAGAGGACAUCUUCUCACUGGACGUGGAGUGCCUGGCAGUGGGACGAACACAUGAGAAGACUGACAGGGCACCCUGCUCCUAUGCCCUGGUCGAUGGCUCGGGGCAGCUGCUGAAGCGGACCUUGAUCCAGGCGCCCCGCAAGGUGGUCAGCUAUCUCACGCCCUUCACUGGUCUGCGGGAAGGAGAUAUCACUGGGCAGAAUGCCGUGAGUCUGGAGCGUGCAGUUCGCGAACUUCGUGAGAUAUUGCCACGGAGGGCGAUCCUGGUUGGGCAGGAGCCGGCUGGGGACAUCGAGUGGAUGCAGCUGCGGCAGGGCGAGGACUUCGCCGGCGCUGUGAACCUCUCAGAGGUUUUCACCAACGACCGCGGGAUGGUGUUCUCCCUACGCCAUGAGGCGCGGGUCCUUCUGGGCCGAGAGCCUGCUUCGGGAGUGCAUGAUCCAGCUUGGGAUGCCAAAGUCUCCGUGGAGCUCUACCAGCUGGCUGCCAAGAGCAGUCCAAAGGAACUGGCAGCUCUCCGGAACAAGUUGACCAAGAAGGAGUUCUGGCCGCCAAAGCCAAGCGUGGCUCGGGAAUGUGGAUAUCAGCUGGAUGGGGUCUGCCUGUCAAUGUACGGCGCCGAACACUGCAUUUGCGGCCGGCCCGUCAUCAAGCCAACCAGACGCCGUUGA